CCCGCGAAAGGCUUUGGCAGGAAAUCCGCCUCCGAAAAAAUCCAAGGGUACUUCUGGAAUUUAUGAACACAUAAAGUGGCAAUUGUUCGGAUCCUCUCUACGUUUUCGUCGGUGUCGUAGACGAUCUUCUCUCGUUCCUCUUUUCGACCCAACGUUCAGGGAUACUGAGGUAAGGGACUGGAUUUGAAACAUGGGGAAGAGGAAGUCAAGGGCAAAGCCACCUCCUAAGAAGCGGAUGGACAAACUUGAUACUGUCUUUAGUUGCCCCUUCUGCAACCAUGGAACCAGUGUUGAGUGCCGCAUCGAUAUGAAGAAUUUGAUUGGUGAAGCCACAUGCAGGAUUUGCCAAGAAAAUUUUAGCACUUCAAUCACUGCUUUAUCGGAACCCAUAGAUGUGUACAGUGAAUGGAUAGACGAAUGCGAACGGGUCAACAACCUUGAAGAAGAUGCUGCUUAAAGCUUUUGUGUAAACAGACCAUCUUCUUGCACACUGGAGGCACCGGAGGAAAAUGGGAGCUUUAAUGCCUUGUCCUUUACUUGAACUGGAUGAAGAAGCUGUUUGCAAGUCCAAUAUUAAUAUUUAAAAUAGUUUCUCAAGGGAUGUGAAGUAUUUUGUAAAUUUACUGAGCUGUUAUGGGAGUAUGGUCAGAGUCUACUGCCCAAGUCCUGUGAUAUCUUAAUAGGUUGAUGCAUAUCUAAUCAGGUUUCCAUCU